AUGGGAACAUUGCUCCUCACCAUAGUUUACCUGUUGGAAUGCCUCGAGAAUGAUAAGGAGAACUUGCAGAGAAACGGAAAGCAGUAUGUUGUGCCUUUAGUUGAUGAUCUUUGCACUGGCAUAUGUAAGAGAUUUGGUGAAGUUAUGGACGAUGAACAGGUGAUUGCCUCAUCUAUUCUUAUUUCAAAAUUUAAAGCUAAUUGGACUGAUGAUGAAUUGCAACUACAGAAAGGUUAGUGAAAAAGGUACCAAUAUCUUUUUGCACUGAGUACAAACAUAAAGUUGGAAUCAGAAUAACUUGCUAUAGAAGAUUACAACCUAAUAAACUAUUUCGUUCUUGAUAUACUGAUGUAUAAAGCAGAUGCUUUUUUGUUGAUCAAAAACUUUUAUUUUAAGCACAUUACAACAAUGUUUUAAGACUUUUAGCAUUAUUAACAAUUCAUAUUUGUUUUUUUCCCCAACAGGAUUAUGCUACAUCAGGGGUCGGUUAUCUAAAGACAAUGUUGUGGAAAACCAGGAGAAAAAUCACUUGAAUAGGCAUCCCCCCUCGAUGUCUGCCAUUUUGAAUAUUAUCAAGGCAUGGCAUCAACAUUUUGAUGACGAAUUACAGUUACACCAAAAUCAUUGGAAAACCAUGGCUCACAAACAGCCUUCUGUAUGACUUAUUCUGUGACAAUGGCUCCUUUCAUAUUAAUCUGACACUGCAAUCGAGCAACGAAAAAUUUGUUGGCUCGAGCGGGAUUUGAACUCGCAUCUUCGGGUGUGAAUUUAAAUCCUGCUCGAGCCAAUGAAUUUUUCAUUGCUCGAUUGCAGUGUCAGAUUAAUAUGAAACUAGUUUUUCGUAUCUCUGAGGAUGGUUCUGAAAUAGAAUUGAAACACUGCGUGUCCUCUAAGACAAGCGUUAAGUCGUCACGAAAAUAUUUUGUGCACUUAAAUUCAAUGAGACUCGCUACCAAUCCCUGUUGACUCGAUAGCUCAAUAGGUAGAGCAGCGGUCUACAUACCCGAAGAUGCGAGUUCAAAUCCCGCUCGAGCCAACAAAUUUUUCAUUGCUCGAUUGCAGUGUCAGAUUAAUAUGAAACUAGUUUUUCGUAUCUCUGAGGAUGGUUCUGAAAUGGCUCCUUCUUGGCUUGUUUUUGUUUGGUAUGUGGCCUUUCACAUACUGUAAAUAGCCCUGUAUGCAUGGUCAGUACAAGCACAAUGGGCCCUUUCUUGCUUAUUGUAUUUUCAAUUUUUGAUUUGGCUUUAUUGUAUUUCUGAUUUGAUACAUCAACUUCGCAUAAGUAAAAUGCCUGAUCUAUAUCCUGACCAAAAAUAUACCUUUGACCAGAGCAAGCUAGUGUUGUAAAUAAUACAAUAAAACAAAACUUAUACAAAAAUAGAAAUGAGCAAAUAAUACUUACUUACCUUUCACUCAAAGGAACAUAACAAAUAUUAAACACGACACUAGUCAGAGGAGGUUGGACAGCUAAUUAGGCGAAUCUGGGCGAAUCUCUCGACCAAUCAGAUUGCGCCAUUUUCCUCAUGCUCGCUUGAAGCUUUUGGCAUCGAAAAUUUACAUAGGGCUCAUAAAUAUCGACUUUUUUCAUAUUGUUAUGCACAUUUUUUUGGAAAUUUCACGCGAUACUACUUUUACAACAGUGAAUCUACCCACUGGAACGGUAUCUUCAAAGGUAAGCGUUAUUUUCCAGUUUAUUUUGACCUCUCACUUUAGGCGCUAUGCCGUCGCGAUGUAAUUUAGUGGCGUUUCUGUCAACAAUCUUUGAAGACAAAAAUCUCAAAUUUCCACGGUUCGAUUUCGCUAUUUUUUUCACGUUUAGUUAAAAAAAAGUAUAAUCUUUAAUUCUAUCCAGCCAGCCCCCCUCGGUCCCGCAACCGUUUUCGAGAUAUUCACCGUUGAAUAUAGCCCUCUGUAAAAUAUGUUGCCUUGUCACUCAGAUCGACAAUGAACUGCUAUUACUCGCUUUUUUCUAAAGAAGUGUGAUAUAUUAUUGAAGUUUCGAUAUAUUAUGGAUUAUAUAUAUUGCAGUUAAAUUGUGCAAAUAAUUAAAGCCCUUCCGUAACAAUAUUUUACAAGUGAAAUUUAUUGUUUGGCUGAUGUUUUAGAUUUGAGAUUCGUGAUUUUGGCUGGAUUCUAUUUUUGUCAAUGAUUUGGUCUGCAAGAAUUGAGCAUCAUCAUUAAAUUUGGAGGUAAAAUCGGUCCUUCCAAUCUGUACAGACCUUCUUCUUUCCAUAUAUUUGCACUAACGGAAACAUGGCUUAACAAUAACAUUAGCAGUGAUAACUUUAAGAUUCCUGGUUUUAAUCCUAUUAUUCGUCUUGAUAGAGAAGGACAAGUUGGAGGCGGAGUUGCUUUAUUCGCAGUUGAUUCUCUUGUGGUUAAGCGAAGACACAACCUAGAAAUAGUUGGGCUUGAGUUUUUAUGGGUUGAAUUCAGCGCAUCAGGGAGUAAUUUUCUUUGUGGAGUAUGUUAUAGGCCGCCAGACGAUAAUAUCAUAUCCUGUUCUCAUUUUUUUGACAGCUUUCAGAAAAUGCUCGAUAUAAUAAGCCUAUCGCCUAAUAAAUAUAAAAUUGUCAUUCUUGGCGAUUUUAAUGCACAUUAUAAUAAACAAAUACCUAGUGACAGUACAGAGAUUGGGAAACAAUUAACUUCAUAG